AUGGACGAUGUUAGAGAAAUGUCCAAAGAAGACUUGUAUGAAUACAUCGAAAACCUGCACGCUCUUUUGAAGCAACACGACAAGAAACUUAAAAAAUACAAGGAGAAGAUCCGUAAAUUGGAACAUAAAAUCGACCAUAUUAAAGAUAAUGUAGAGAGCAAUAAAUCGUCGGAAACCCUUGGUAAAGAAUCGACUGCCAAAACAGUGGAGAUAACGAAAACAAAGGAAACAGAUGAGAUAUCCGCAGUGGAUGCCUUUAGUUUCGUCGAUGAAAUGCGCCAGGCUGCACAACAAGCACAAAACAUAAGUAAUUUUGUAUAUGAACCAACAUCUGGCUUGUACUAUGAUCAGAAAUCAGGAUAUUAUUAUAAUGCGGAAUAUGGUCUUUAUUAUGACGGCAACACUGGUUGUUAUUAUAGCUUUAAUGAACAAAAGAAUUGCUAUGAAUUCCAUUCACAAGUUCAAGUGCAAGCUUCUAAGUCAAAUGAUAGUCAAGCUGACGAUGAAAUUGACGAGGUUAUCUUCGACGAAUUUGGUGUUGUUACCGACCGUGACAAAUUGAAAAAGCUGAAAGAAGAGAAAGAACGUGUGGAAAAAUCUAGGAAACAUAAGAAGAAAUCCACGAAAGAUGAGGGUAAGGAAGAUAAACACUCAAAGAGAAAAAAAUCUCACAAAAAACGAAAACGCACGAAACGAGAAUCAGCUGGAUCACACAGCGAUUCAGAUGGUGAGAAGAGGAAGAAAUGUAGAACAACUCGUACAGAUAUGGAAGAUGGUGAAAUUUCAACAAAUUCCAGCAGCUCAUCCGAUUCUUCUCAAAGUGAUUCUGAGAACGAAGAUAGGGAAAAAGUACAGAUAUUCAAAACUGUUGGAAGGUUUCAAGAUAUUGCUAAAAAGUAUCCACCAUCAUUACGCAUCAUUGUGCAGGAAUCUAACCUAGAGGGACUGAAGGUUGGCAGUCUCAGUUUAAUAACAUUCAAAGGUGGUAGUCUCGGACGUGAAGGAAAUCACGAUGUCAUAAUACCAGAUGUCAAUGUUUCAAAGUUUCAUCUCAAAUUUAGCUACGACCAUAAAAAAGGCAUUUACAAAUGUGUAGACUUGGGCUCUCGUAACGGUACCAUAUUAAAUGGUACACGCAUGUCUGCCUCAAAGACUGAAAGCGAAUCAUAUGACUUGGUACACGGUAGCGUACUACAGAUUGGACAGACAAAACUACUAUGUCAUGUACAUGAGGGCAACAGUACAUGUGGUCUCUGUGAACCGGGCUUGUUAAUAGAGGCGACUCGUGAAGUUACUGCAGGUCCAACUCUUUCACACAAGGAACAACUAAAAAAACUCCAAAGGAAAUACGGUUUGGAGAACGAAAAAUUCACUGACGGUCAACAAAAUGCAGGAAACAGUAGUUACCAAGAUAGAGCUGCAACGAGGCGUUUAAAUGUUGGCAGCAGUUCCGAUAAGGAAAAAACACAAGUUGCUUCUGUGGAUACUGCAAUUUCUAGUGAAAACAAGGGCUUUAAAAUGCUGUCGAAAUUGGGAUGGAAUAAAGGUGAAACAUUGGGUAAAUCUCAGGCCGGUGGUCUUUUAGAACCGAUAAAUGUCGAAGCCAAUACCGGCACAAAGGGUUUAGGCUGUGAUGAUCCCACUGCUGGCAUAUCCCUAAAUCCAUCUGUUAAAAAGAAAUUUGAGUUAAUACAAAAGACAAAAGAGCGUUAUCAAAAAGCUGAUAUUUUUAAUAUAAGCGAUGAUAGUAAUUAAGUAAAUACAAA